GACGUUGACCUCAUGGUCCGUCCUUUUCAUGCACCCGCAAAGUUUUAAGCCAAGCUCCUCAUCUCACAAGACGAGAUACACGUACGGCUACACGCAGUCAGGACUCAAGACUCAGGACUCAGGAGGCAUUGCCUCCACUCUGAUCUCAAGCCUCAACCAUGGCCGCGUCCUGCAUUCACCUUGUCUUUCUCCUUUGUCUGGUCCCAGCCACUGUCGCCUCACCUCAUCGUAAUCUACGCAAAUCCCCGCUCGACGUCGCCGCGGCCGCACCGUCUCCGGCAGACGCGUCGCGGCCGACCACCUUCUUCGAGGUGGACCGCCCGCUCCGCCCGCCACCGGGCAGCUCCGGCCCGUGCUCCACGCUCCUGCUAUCCAGCUCCUUCGCCUUCACCUUCACCAAGCCGCCCGCCACCGCCGCCUACUCCCCGCCGCCCUGCCUCGCCGCGGUGGGCGGCCGCGCCUCGGCGAUCUCCCUCGCCGUCCUCGAGUGGCGCGCCACCUGCCGGGGAGUCCAGUUCGACAGGAUCUUCGGCGUCUGGCUCGGCGGCGCCGAGCUCCUCCGCGGCAGCACCGCCGAGCCGCUGCAGAACGGCGUCGUCUGGUCCGUCUCCAAGGACAUCACCAGGUACGCUUCCCUCCUCGCCGCCGGCAACUCCACCCUCGCCGUCUUCGUGGAGAACCUCGUCAACAGCCAGUACACCGGCGUGUACUAUGCCAACGUGACGCUCCACCUCUACUUCCGCCGCACGCCGACGACGCCGCCGCCCGCCGUGGCUCCCGCCGACCUCAUCGUCCCGAUGUCCAGAGGCUUACCUCUCAACGACGGGCUCUGGUACAAGAUCCAGAACGCCACUGACGUCGCGUCCAAGGGCGUCGCGCUGCCAUCCAACACCUACCGCGCGGUCCUUGAACUCUACGUCUCGUUCCACGGGGACGACGAGUUCUGGUGGAAAAACCAGCCCGGUGCCGAUGCGAACGGCCCGUUCCGCGAGGUCACUGUCCGUGUUGACGGGGUCCUCGCCGGCGCCGCGUGGCCGUUCCCCGUCAUCUUCACCGGUGGCAUCGACCCCCUUCUAUGGCAGCCCAUCACCGGCAUCGGCUCCUUCAACCUCCCGACGUACGACGUCGAGGUGACGCCGUUGCUGGGCAAGAUGCUGGACGGCAAGGCGCACCUGUUGGCGUUCGCUGUGACCAACGCCGUGGACGUGUGGUACGUCGACGCCAACCUCCACCUCUGGCUGGACCCUGGGAGCACGGCCACGGCGGCGGGCCUCGUGAGCUACGUGGCGCCGGAGUUAGCGGCGGCGACGACGUCCUCCCGCACGACGGCGAGCAGGGAGGUCUCGGCUACCGGAUGGGUGAAGUCGUCGUACGGGAACAUCACGACGAACGCCACGCAGACGUUCGAUUUCGACAGCACCAACGCCGGCGAGACAGUGAACCAGACGACCGUCGCGCACGCCGGCGUCGCCGCCACGGACGUCGCCGGCGUCCUGUACUACUCGGUGCAGACGCACCAGAGGUUCCCGCUUUUCUUGGACUCAGGAGCGGACCAGGUAACCGUCACGCACGGGUUGGAGGAGACGACGGUAGCCGCCGGCCGGUGGUCGUCGGGGCCCAGGUACCAGUUGCUGCGCAACACGCAGCGGAGCAGCGUCGCCGGGGCGUCGUGGGGCAUACGGCAGACGUACAGGUACGAGGCCACCGACGGGUGCUACUUGAGGAACGUGACCAGCAGCGGUUACAGCAUCGUGACGGACCAGUCCAGUGAGGCGUGCGUCAAGGGGCCAUUGCGUUGAUCUACAGAAUCAAGCAAGAAAUAAAGUGUACGGUGUGGUAAAGCCCUAGCAGUUUCUUUUUUUUUGAAAAGCAAUGACGUACCAUAUUUUUAAUAGAUGAAGCCCGGACAGUUCCUAUAUUGCCAGUUUAUGACAGUCCACAACAAGCCUACGAGCAUACAAGCCAACGACAGAAUACAAUCGGCUCUUGACUGCGGAGAAUGAGGAAUCAUUACAUACUUUAGUUUUCGCCCUUGUACUUGAGACAAAGCAAGCAAGCCAUGUUGAGAAAGCUAUUCUUAUCAGCGUCAAAAAGGAAAAAAAAAUAAGACGUCGAUAAGGACCGAGCGUUCGGUCUGGGGGCCUCCCAGACCGAACGAGGAGUUCGGUACGACAGGCGGCUCCCUACGAACGAAAUCGUUCGGGAGGAGAGGCCUCCCAGCCCGAACGCUCCUUCCCAUCCCCGAUCUUUUCUCUAUACAAAAAAAGCCCAUAAAAAGAAAAAAGCCCUACAGGCCUUUCCUCUCUACAAAAAGAAAGCCCAUAAGAACUAAAAAGCCCUAUUUUUGUUGUGAAAAAAUAGACAUUGUUCGUUUGCACGACAAAAAAUGCCAUGGUAUUGUGCAAAGCUAUGAAAAAAGUUGACAUGCUCAUGUGUCCAGAAUGUAAGUACACUAAAAUAGUAUGGGAAAUCUACUAAAAAGUUGUUCAACAAUUUGCCAUGUUCUGCACAAAAAAUGUACGUUAUGUUAUACGCAAAUUUACCAU